AGAUCAGAACAAAGAGUAAAUUAACAAUAACAAAGAAUGAUGAAGUUCCAAAAGACAAAAAGGUAAAAAACAGUGAUUACAUUAAUUGGAUGCAGUUUCUGGAACCAAAAACCACUGAAGAUCUUAUUAUCCAUCCAAAGAAAAUUGAGGAUAUCAGGAAAUGGUUCAUGUUAGGUCAACAAUUGGGUAAAAGUAACAGGAUCUUGCUUCUAAUUGGAGCUUCUGGAUCUUCAAAGUUAUCAGCUAUGAAAGUAAUCAGCAAGGAGUUUGAUUUUAAUGUCUGUGAAUGGAUAUUUAAGGCUGAGGUUGACAGAGAACUCUUAAUGGAAGAUGGAGAUCGUGGAUAUCAUUAUAAGAAGCAAAGUGAAUUGUUUCAGGAAUUUCUCAUCAAAGUGUCUCGCUAUAACUCAAUAUUCUCACAAAAGGAACGGAUUUUAAUAGUUAAAGAUUUUCCAAAUACUUUUUUGAGAAAAGGGAAUGAAGAAGAGUUUUGGACGAUACUGAAGAAAUAUAAAAGCAUCGGAACUAAUCCUUUAGUCUUCAUCCUAACGGACACAAACUCAAAGUCCUUAAAUAUUGAAAUGAAUCUAUUUCCAGACAAGAUUAGAGGACAAUUAGGAAUCGACACCAUAAACAUGAAUCCAAUAUCCACAACAUUGAUGAAGAAAGCACUGAAGCAAAUUUGUGCCAAAAUGAAGGAACACGAGCAUGUAGACAGUAAAUUUAUUGAACCAACUCAAAGUAUUAUCGACGAUAUUAUAGCACAAAGUCAAGGAGACAUUAGAAAUGCCAUAAUGAACCUACAACUAGUGUCACAGCAAGGCAGCAUAGAUUUAAGUAUGCAGACUAAGUCAAGAACCAAGAAAGCUGGAAAAGCAAAGAAAACACCGACUGAUAAAAUUAAUAAAGGUGUUGGACGAGAUGAAGUCCUUGGAAUUUUUCAUGGUGUUGGACGUGCUUUACAUGCAAAAAAGGAAGAGGAUCCGGAUACAAAGAAAAUCAAGCUUACACACAAUCCAGAUUCAGUUGCUGACUGCUUCUUAUCACAACCUGGAAAUUACAUUGAACUUCUUCAUUCCAAUUACUUGAAGACAUUCAGUUCCAUUGAUGAUGUCAAAGACUUUACUAAAAUUAUGUCAGCAUCGGAUAUUUUCCAAACAGAAUACAGAAACGCUGAUAAAUUGCAUGUCCUUAAUUUAAAUCUUGUUAUUAGAGGUGCAAUGGUAUGUAAUACUGAGCCAGCAAAAGGAUUUCGUCCUAUAACUGGAUAUGCCAACAAGAAAUUCAGGAGUGUCGAAGAGAAAUGCCUUCAAGAAUAUUUGAGCCAAUCCACAGAAUUUAAUGAUGGUCAUCGGAUGUCACUCAAAGAUUAUUUUGUAGACUAUACUGGCUAUUUAAAGCUAUUCAAAUCGUUUGGUGCUGGUUCAUCUAGCUUGUAG